UCCUUAUUAAAUCUUCUUCUUUAUGCUAACUGAACAGAAAAACUCACAUAGUAUUAUUGUUUCUUCCUUAGCGGGAGAACGAAGCUUCGAAUCAAUUUUCCACUUCAAUGGCCACUCUUCCUGCUUCCCCUUCACCCCCUUGGCCAAACCCUAACACUAACCCUAAUCUCAAUUCAAUCCCAAACCCUAAUUUCCAUCCUGAUCAAUCUCAAACCCUUGACUUCGAUUCCCUAAUGUCCCCCCAAUCUCACCACGCUUCCACCGAUUCACCACCGGAGUCUCCUCCCGCCACACCACCGUCGCUUCUUCAUCUCUCCUUUAACCAGGACCACGCCUGCUUCGCCGCCGCCACUGAUAACGGCUUCCGCAUAUACAACUGCGACCCUUUCCGCGAGCUUUUUCGACGGGAGUUCGGUGGAGGCGGAAUCGGCCAUGUUGAGAUGCUUUUCCGAUGUAAUAUAUUAGCACUUGUCGGCGGUGGGUCUCAUCCUCAGUAUCCUCCCACCAAAGUCAUGAUCUGGGAUGAUCAUCAAGGGACGUGCAUCGGGGAGCUCUCGUUUCGUUCUCCGGUUAGCGGUGUUCGGCUGCGGCGGGAUCGGAUAAUUGUUGUGGUGGAGCAGAAGAUAUUUGUGUAUAAUUUUGCUGACUUGAAGCUGUUGCAUCAGAUUGAAACCAUUGCGAACCCUAAGGGGCUUUGUGAAGUUUCGCACUUGACUGAUUCGCUUGUUCUCGCUUGCCCUGGUUUACAUAAAGGGCAGAUUCGCAUUGAGCAUUUUUCGCAGAAGAGGACUAAGUUUAUUUCUGCUCAUGAUUCCAGAAUAGCUUGCUUCGCUCUCACGCUUGAUGGACAGUUUAUCGCCACUGCCAGCACCAAGGGUACCCUGAUUCGGAUUUAUGAUGCCGAACUUGGCACACUACUUCAGGAAGUAAGAAGAGGUGCAAAUGCAGCAGAGAUAUUUAGUUUGGCGUUUUCUUCCACUGCUCAGUGGUUAGCAGUUUCCAGUGACAAGGGUACUGUCCAUGUUUUUGGCCUUAAGGUUAAUCCCAAUGUCCCUGAGAAUGAAAACUCCCCUGGGUCGUCGAGUUCAGAUGCCGCCAUUGCCCCAGCUAGCUCGUCUCGCUCCUUCAUUAAAUUUAAAGGAGUGUUGCCCAAGUAUUUCAAUUCAGAAUGGUCAGUUGCUCGGUUUCACUUACACGAGGGCACUCAGUACACAGUUGCAUUUGGUAUCGAGAAGAAUACAGUCAUAAUUCUUGGCAUGGAUGGAAGCUUCUAUAAAUGCCAAUUCGAUCCAGCGCAAGGAGGUGAAAUGACCCAGCUUGAAUUUCAUAAUAUUUUAAUGUCUGAAACAGCCUUGUGAGAAGAAAUGAAAUCCUGUAGCGUUUGACACUUAUCUUUUAGUCAGGGUUGUUCUACAGGAAUUCUCACCUUGGAAUAAUAGUAAAAAUAGAUGAGGAGUGUAAUUAGUAAUAGAUGGGAGGUUGAAGUAACGCAGACAUUGUAAACUUUGGUUUGAUCUUGUUGCAUCAAUUGUAAUAUUGUAAUUAUAUACACUAAUUUUUAUAUAUUGAAAGCUGUGGUAUAGCGCAUGCACACACUUUCCUUA